AUGGAUCUGUCAGAAUUCGUCGACCGCCUUCGCAGUGGCAAGGCACCGGACUUCCCCGCCAAUGCCAACUCUCUCGAGUUUGCCCAAAAGCUCGAUUCCCAGGACUCUCUCAGCCAUUUGCGCAACGAGUUCACCAUCCCCACAAAGGCGUCCCUCAAGAAGACGUCGCUGAAUGGCAGUCUGCCCGGCUCUACCGCCGGCUUCUCGGCCGACGAGUCGGAGCAGGGCAUCUACUUUGUCGGUAACUCGCUGGGCAUCCAGUCCAAGGCGGUGCGGGAGCAUGUGCAGGCGCAUUUUGAGACGUGGGGUUCGAUCGGCGUGGCCGGCCACUUCAAGACCAUGGGUGGCUCCCCCCUGGGUCCAUGGCAAGACAUGGCUGAGGAGUGUGCCAAGCUUUCGGCUGACGUGGUGGGCGCAUCGGCGCACGAGAUAGUCAUCAUGAACACGCUGACGGCCAAUCUGCACUUCAUGAUGGCCAGCUUCUACAGGCCGACGGAGAAGCGGCACAAGAUCAUCCUCGAGUGGCGGCCGUUUCCCAGCGACUACUACGCUAUAGAGAGCCAAAUCACCUGGCACGGCCUCGACCCGGCUACCAGCAUGGUCAAGAUCGAGCCCGAGGAUGGCCACAUCAUUUCGGUGGAGCACAUCCUGGCCACCAUUGACGAGAACGCCGACGAGACGGCCUUGCUGCUCCUACCCGGAAUCCAGUACUACACGGGCCAGUGCUUCGACAUGCAGCGCAUCACAGCCCACGCCCGUGCCAAGGGCAUCACGGUGGGAUGGGACUUGGCCCAUGCCGCGGGAAAUGUCGAGCUUCGCCUGCACGAUUGGGAUGUCGACUUUGCCUGCUGGUGCACGUACAAGUACAUCAAUGCUGGCCCGGGAAGCAUCGCAGGUGCCUUUGUGCACGAGCGGCACGGGUCCGUCGAGUGGGCCGAGGGCCAGGACAAGAGCAGUGGACGUCCCACGUACCGUCCACGUCUGACGGGCUGGUACGGUGGCGACAAGAGUGUCCGCUUCAACAUGGACAACCGCUUCGUCCCCACCCCAGGCGCAGGCGGCUACCAAGUAUCCAACCCCUCUGCCCUGGACCUGGCCGCCCUCACCGGCGCUCUCAGCAUCUUUGCCAAGACGUCGAUGCGGGACCUGCGUAGCAAGGCGCUCGUCCUUACCGCAUAUGCAGAGCACCUGCUCGACCAGAUGGCCGAGCAAGCCUCCAAGGUAUCGGGGGGUGGUGAGCCUCCCGUGCGCAUCAUCACUCCCCGAGACCCGGCCCAGCGCGGCACACAGCUGAGUAUCCUCUUGUCCAAUGAGAAGCUUCACGAUAAUGUCAGUGCCGCACUCGAGGAAAAUGGUGUCAUGUGUGACAAGCGUAAGCCAAACGUCAUCAGGGUGGCGCCGGUGCCGCUCUACUCCCGCUUUGAAGACGUCUGGCGGUUCAUGCAGAUCCUCAGAGGGACUUUGGAUCUCGACAAGGCUUAG